UAAUUUUUCGAUUUUGUGCAAACUUUUAAAAUGGGUUGUGGUGGAGAGGUCGAAUCCAGAAUUUUUCAUUGGGUUUUGCCUUGAGUUGACUUUUUGGGGAUGCAGAAGAUAACUGAUAAAUCUGAUGAUAGGACCACUGGGGGUUGUGAAUCAAUGCAAGUUGGGAAGUGGGAAUGCUCAAGUUGCAUAAAUAUGUAGUCAUGAAUUGAUAUUUGAUAUUUAGUGUAGCCUUUUCUUUUUAUUGAAUCACAAAGGGCGAGGGAUAAUUCGGAUCCAAGGUUUUUUGAAGCAGAAGAAUGGACUUCUUUACUAGAGACAUAAAUGAGGAUUCUAUGCUUAGAUGCCCAUUCUUGAGGAACAUCAAUGAGCCUACUAACUUCUCAUUCUCUUCACCUUUGGCUUUACCCAUGCCUGUUCGUGGAGCUAAAGGUCCAAUUUUUGAAGAUGGUCCCAAUUUUGAUUUGGCAUUUAGGCUUUUCCACGGGAGUGAUGGUGUAGUACCCUUAUCUGACAGAUCUUUUCGGCCUUCAGAGAAGAAAGUACAGGCAGAACCUCCCAAAUCCCAAUUCAAUCCUUUAGCUGCAAAGGCAGCUACUAUUAGUCUGUCAUCAUUUGGAUUUGGUGGGGCUUUCGGUUUUGAUGCAUUUUCUGAGAAGUGGAACAACCAGAAAAGAAAAUCCAAAUCAUCAAAAAAUGAUCCUUCUUCGCAGGAUGGUUCAAAGCAUGAGGCAGGCAAUGAUUGGCUGCAAAACGGUAACUGCCCCAUCGCCAAGUCAUACCGGGCAGUUAGUAAUGUCCUUCCACUUGUUGCAAAGGUUAUUCAGCCUCCUCCAGGCAUAAAAUACAAGUGCCCACAAGCAGUAGUUGCAGCGCGGGCAGCUAUCGCACGCACUGCAUUUGCAAAGAACCUCCGUCCUCAGUCCCUGCCUACGAAGGUCCUCGUGAUUGGGAUGCUGGGCAUGGCGGCUAAUGUUCCCUUGGGUAUAUGGCGAGAACAUACUAAGAAAUUUUCGCCAACAUGGUUUGCUGCAGUCCAUGCAGCUGUUCCAUUCAUAGCAAUGCUAAGGAAGUCUGUCUUGAUGCCUAAAUCAGCAAUGGCAUUUACUAUUGCGGCAUCGGUGUUAGGGCAAGUAAUUGGUUCAAGAGCUGAGAGGUACAGGCUGAAGGCAGUUGCUGCAAGAAAGGUGUCUAUAACUGAAACCUCUGGUGUUGGUCCUCUCCAGUUACCAGUGGCUACAACAAAAGACAAGCACUGUGGUGAUGCUGUGGACUGGAAUGCAGUUUCUCUUCAGCUGGCAACAACUUCACCAACUGAUGUAUUUUGCUGAUGAUUAAUUUGUUGUGUGUGUGAAAUUUGUCUCUAUUAUUAUCUGAGUGUGCAAUUUGUUACAACUUUUCGGUGCUCCCAUGUCACUCUGAAUGCUGCUGUUGGCUAUAAUAAAAGUAUUGAUGUUUUUUCAUUUA